AGUAGCUUUUAAUUUUAUCACAGACGCGUUAGCCGACUCAGCCACCCUUCUCUUUUUAACUUUAUUUUUAUCUUAUUAUUUAUUUUUAUUUUUUAUCAUUAAUUUUUACCUUCUACGAAACAUCCUCUUCGUAGUUCGUAAUAUAUAAAUAAGGUCUGCAAACAUCUUCAUUCAUAUCCAAGUUUUCAAUUAUUUCAUUCAUAUCAACAAACUUAGCUUCACUUUUCAUAUACACAACUUUGAAUCUUUUUUCUUCUUCUCAAGACCGUCAUCUUCACCAAUCUCCAAAUAUGAGUUCUGCUCAGCCAUCAGUUUCAUCUUAUUCCGCCGGACAAGGCCCAUAUGUGGCUCCACCACCGGCUGGUUAUCCCACCAUGGACGCCUCUGCUGCUGUUGGGCAACCCCAAAACAGAGUUGAAACCAAAUCCAAGGGAGAUGGCUUCUGGAAAGGAUGUUGUGCUGCCAUAUGCUGCUGUUGUAUGUUGGACGCAUGCUUCUGAGGAUUCAGGAUCAUCAUCAUGACUCAUCUUAUUCUAUGGAUUUUUAUUUAACACUAUUUGUGUUAUAUAUUUGUUUGUUUGUUUUUAAUUUUUCAUAGCUUUUAGUUUGAUCAUUGUACAUGUAUGAUCACAUAUUGUAUCAUCAGACUCAGCACAGGUUGAUUGUUUUAUAAUAUAUUGAAUAAUACUACAUUCAGUA